AUGACGUCGAAAUUCGCAUCGAAAAAUCUGCCAAAAACACAAAAACCCUUGGGAGCCAACAGGUUUAUUUCAAUGUUGUUUGGGUUUUGUCGAGUUUUCAGUGACACAAUGUUCUGUAAGCAAAUGCGCUCCAAUGAGAACUCUGAAACAACUUUUCCAGCGAUAUUAACAAUCGAAGUGUUGAUUGGAUACGCCCCUCGUGGUUCAAAAUCCAAGCACUUGCUUGUCACCACCACCGUUGACGAAUCCAUAGCCGCCAACGUUGCUGAAAAUCAGAAAAAUCCCCCGGAAGUCAAUAAAUCCGGAAAGGAUGCGUUGAAAUCUGGAUCAAAAGUGAAAAGUGUGGAUAGUGGACCAGGUGGAAAGAAGUCGAAAAUGAAUCGAGCGUCGAAACGCAAAUCGGAUAAAUCCUCGUCUUCGGCGAUGAAGGACUCGAAACCGAUGGAUGGGACACAGAAUGGGCCGACACCCAACGAUCCAACUGGAAACAAUUCAGCGAAAGAAAACGAAAUUUCGAUUAUAAAUGCUGAUGAGUGUGGUCCGAUGGAAGAAACAAUAAAUGAUCCGGAGACUCCUGUCAUCCACGACCGUGUGGUUCGUACCGCCGCAACUGAUAUGAUUUUUGAUCCCAAAUUAGUGACUUACAAGGGAAAUCUAGAUGUGGAGAAGGACCAAAAAGAAAUUGAUGAUUUGGAAAAAGAGAUGAUGAAAGCGUGUCAGAAGCAUGAGACCAAAUUCAAGGAUGUCCGAAAAAAUGAUGAGAAAAAUCGAUUUUCGAAACUUCCAGAAUCGGAGAAAUCCACCGAGAAACAAACGCCGAUUCCGAAGGAUCUUAGGGUCAAAAUGCGACCCGAUCAAUGUUUGUUGUUCGAGACGAAGGAUCAACAGACUGAGGAUGAUAUGGAGUAUGAUACGCCGCAAAAUAAUGAUGCGAACACUGAGAAAAAGUAA